AUGGUCCACAAGGUCCAGGAUCAAGAUGACUUCAAGAGCCAGCUGACGGCCGCCGGCAGCAAGCUGGUCGUGGUGGACUUCUUCGCCACCUGGUGCGGCCCCUGCAAGCUGAUCGCCCCCGUCCUGGAGAAGAUCUCCACCGACGACGACAAGGUGGUCAUCCUCAAGGUGGACGUCGACGAGAACGAGGAACUGACCGCCGAGUACAACGUCAGCUCGAUGCCCACCUUCAUCUUCUUCAAGAACGGGCAGAAGAUCGAGUCGUUCAGCGGCGCCAGCGAGUCGAAGCUGCGCGAGAUGAUUGAGAAGCACAAGUAA